AUGGGGAGUCGCCCAAAUCCGCGCCCUGUCGCAUGGGCGAAUAAUAUUACUGGUGAAGGCAUCGUCGUCGGCAUCAUCGACACCGGCGUUAAUGGAGGACACGUUGCCCUUAACCAAAGUUUUGCCGGUGUUUGGAUGGACCCUUACUUCAACCGGUCGGGGCCAUCUGACCCCCACGAUCAUGGAACUCUAGUCGCGGGGAUCAUUAUGGGACGUGCCAACGGUGUCGGUGUCGAGCCUGGAGCAAAAUACGUCGCCUGCGCUGGAUUGAAUUCACAAGGCUCUGGUAUAGAAUAUAUGCUCAUCCGAUGCGCGCAAUAUUUGAUUACGGAAACUCCGCGGCCCUACGUGAUCAAUAACGCGUGGGGAGGUCCACUGGCAGACGCCACGUGUCUUCCCGGUCGGAUAUCCGCCGAACUAUGCAAUUCGACCUACUCCCCCGGAAAUCAAGCAGACGUGAUCUCGGUUGGAGCCACGAGCGAGAUUGAUGCCGUGUUGUUGAAUUCCGAUCGAGGACCAAGUCCUGAUGGACUUCUUAAACCGGAAUUGUCCGCUCCUGGAAGCAAUAUUGUUUCCUGUUGGUAUGGAUAUGAUAACUAUCGCACCACGACGGAUGUGACAUUGGCUUCUGCCCACGUGACUAGAGCUGUGGCCCUUAUCCUUUCGGCUCAUCCAACUUGGACAUUUGAUGAUAUUUUGGACGCUCUCAUUACCUCUGCGGUUCACCCGACUCUCUCGAAUGAGGACCGAAUCUGUGGACUCCCUGGACCAGGUGACUACCCAAACUAUUCCUUUGAUCAUGGACGUAUCGAUGUGGCUGCAGCUCUAGGCCUUUAG